AUGACAAAGCAACCAUUACUGGCGAGAUACUGGAUAGAAUCCAUUGUUGGAUUUCGACUUGUUUCCAAUGAUUUGUAUUACUGCCUGAAGGAUGGAUUCGUUCUUUACAAAAUUGUCGAAUUUCUAGUUCAACAUGGACAAUUACCUGAUAAUUAUAAUAUCUUGAAUGAUAAUGACAAGCGCCCGCAAGAUCGAAUCAACCUGUUCUUGCGAGCAGCAAAAGAUUUUGGUCUGCAAUCGUCCGACUUGUUCACUGUGGAUGAUCUAAUGAAUGGUGACAAUAUGAAUACAGUUAUUUCAACCAUCCUACUCUUUGCGCAUAUUUAUUCUUGCAAAAGGUUUGCAAGCACAUCACCGGCAACCACUGCAACUGCCAUUACGAAACCAACAAGAUCACAAUCACAUACCAUCAGCUUGAGCACGCAACCACAGACUCUACACAGAUCAAACAGUGAAACAGCGUUACAACCUAUAAAACCAGCAAGAAUGAAGCAUAAUUACAAUACUAACUUAACAAUGCCUGCUAGAGAGACAGCUGAUAUCAAUCAGGAUUGUGAGCAGCAGGGGCUGUAUCAGGAGCAUCAUCAUCAACUAGCGAUGCUGGAGCAACACGAUAAAGAGGAGAUGUUGGAUGUGGAUAAGGAGGAUCAAGAGGAGCCCAAGAUAGCUAUACAGACACGAAGCGAUGGCACAAACACUGCUGCGAUCAAACAGCAUGAUACAAUAUUACCACCUACCUCGCUCUGCAAUCAUUACAACAACAAAGCGCUUCCUAGCUGUCCGCCUACUACAUUGUUCAAGAAAUCAGGACAUGGCAGAUCGUCGUCUACCUCUUCUUCCAUCAUGGAGAGAGUGUGGGGAGAACCACCCUUUGAUAUUCAAAGACCUAAUUGCGUGCCUGGAUUCGGUCUUUUUGAUAUUACAACGUUUAAAGACGAUCCGCACGAGGAAGAUCAAGACGACGGAAUGUCGAUACAGAGCUUUUUGGAUCCGACACUUGAUUUUGAUGAUGAAAACGACAUGUACGAUACAAAGCAAAGCCAUACACCUUCAUCUUCUGGAGACAGUGGAUAUGGCACCAGACGUAAAAAUAGAAGAAGAUCGUCGUCCAUCCAACCGCAAUCAACGAAAACUAUAGAAACGACAACGACGACCAUCACCAACGGCAAUAAGGUUCAGAAUUUAUUUGAGGCUUUAUUUGCUCCUGUAACAACACCACCACCAACAGCACCCUCACCCCCAUCAUUAAAAAUACAUCCAGCAAGCUCUAAAAGUACCGCUUCUUUAACCGGCACCACCAGCAGUCGAGGCAGCAACAGAAGUAGCAUCACUAGUCCAACAAAAAAGCUAUCUCUCUUGUUUUCAAAAUCCCGUGCUAGUCAUCAACAACAGAGCAAGGAACCCCAUUUUGUCAAAUACCAGACUUGGUCUAGCAACAACGAUAAACACAACACAUCGUCUUCGCCUUCGCCUACCAGCACGAGCGCUAGCAACAGUGGUAGCAUACGGAGACCUCAUGAAGAGCAUUUGUUUAAAUGCAGUAACAAUGUUAUCAUUGAAGAGGAACUACUACCACCCACCAUCAAGAUACAAGAGCCAAUGACAAAGCGAUCUUCCAUGCAACCCAGAGGCAGGCGACGUACAGACGCUGCAUCGACUCGAGUGAAAUCAGAGAUCAUGACACCACCUUCUAUUAUCACCACACCAUCCCCUACACCAGCAUUACCAGAAUCAUCGCUACAAAAGCAUGGCCGCUGCAAGUCCAUUGGUUCGUUCGACUUGCUAUCUCCUGCAACGCCCAAUACAGCCGUAUCCUUGAUCUCUCCUAUCGUACAAGAAAACAGCAAUAUAUUGGAUCAUUGUGACCAAGAGGGUAAUAUGAUUGCUCGUUAUAAAUUGGGUAAUGUGAUCGGAAAGGGUCAUUUCGGCACAGUUUUUAGGGCCCUUGAUUUGAUGUCUGGCAAGACAGUCGCAGUAAAACAGAUCAACCUGAAGGAUGCGCGAAAAGCCGACAUUGAAGACAUGAUGCAAGAAGCUUCUUUAUUGAGUUCAUUGACACAUGGCAACGUUGUAAAGUAUGAAGGGUUUAUUCAAACACAAGAGCACGUGAACAUUGUUUUAGAGUAUGUGGAGAACGGGUCCCUCUUGCACACACUUAAGCAUUUUGGCCAUGCUUUGCCAGAGCAUUUGGUGGCAUCGUAUUGCCAUGAUAUUUUGCAAGGACUCGCUUACCUGCACCAACAAGAUGUCGUGCAUUGCGACUUGAAAGCGGCUAAUAUACUCACCACCAAGACCGGCGAUGUCAAACUGUCUGAUUUUGGUGUCUCGUUGAAUUUAAAGCUAAAGAACCAUGAAGAGAACCUAGUUUCUGGAACACCUUUUUGGAUGUCGCCUGAAGUCAUUGAGCUUAAAGGAGCAUCGGUUCAGUCUGAUAUAUGGUCAUUGGGAUGCACUGUCAUUGAACUCUACACAGGCAAACCACCCUAUGCAGACUUGCUCACAAUGACAGCUAUGUUCAAGAUUGUUGAAGACGACUGCCCUCCUCUACCAGAAGGCAUAUCCGAUGAUUUUAGGGAUUUUUUAAAAUUAUGCUUCAAAAAGAACCCAGUUGAAAGGCCAAAAGCCAUUCAUUUACUGCACCAUCCUUGGGUAUCACAGAAAGAUAGAAACGCAGCAUUACCAUCGCCCAAUACCCCGUCCACACCUACAACAGCUACCACUACAGCACCAAACAGCACCAUACUGCAAAGCUACCUCAGGAAAGCCGUAAAGAAAGAUGUCAGUCUUAUGCUGGACAUAGAUCCCGUGUCAAAACGUAAAGACUCUGCUGCCAGCGUCAUAUCUCCCAUCAGCAAUCUAUCAUCUCCCAUUGCACCGUAUGUAAGAUCUUUUGACCAUACACAUGUCAUGGUCAAAAUUACAUUUGCAGAAGGAUCUGGCCCCAUGUGUCCUUUUUGUAAAGAACGAAAUCAAGAAACAGCCUCCAUGUGUACAUCUGGCUGUGGACUUGUAUGUCAUCCUCCUUGUUUUGAAAAUCAUGUGCUCAAGACACAGUCCAUCAGAGGCAUAGCUCCUGGGAAAUGCCCCGAAUGUCUUGCUACUACCAACACAUCCUCACCCAUGGAACCAACAUGUCCCCAUACAAUGCUCCAUACUCGCCUUGCUCCUGCUCCUAUGGCAGCAGCACCCAAACCAGCCGCCUCCAUUUCAACUCAGCUCACCAGCAUCUUUAAAAAGAAGGAAAGCAAAAAGAGCAGCAUGCAUGGAUUUGACGAUUAUUCCAAAUACAUGAAAGUCAUGAAUGCAAGAAAAUCUACUCAACCAUUAGGAUCUUCCUCUCCUACCACGCCUAAAAGUAGCUCAAGCAAGACAUGGUGGAAAAAGAAUAGCAAAUAA